UCUUUAAAAAAAAAAAACAAAAAAACGAAAAGACCCGGAAGUGAUUGAUAGUGCUUUUCUUCCGCAUCGAUGGUUUCCGGUCGUUUCGGCUCCUGUAUGGUUCCGUUUGAAAGGGGGCCACUGGCUCGCCCCUCUAACCUGGAAAAUGGAACCUUGUCAUGGGAUUAUGAAGGCUUUCCCCAAAGUUAAAAGGGCCCGAGUUUCUCAGGAAAAGGAUUCUCCUCCUGUAAAGAAGAAACCCGAUGGAGUUGAUGUGACAGGAAAUACAUUUAGAAACACCUCAAUCUACAUCCUACCUGCUGGGAUCGGAAAUGCAAGAUGUCAGAUCUUCCAAAGGCAUAUUCAGCAGAAUGGAGGCCAGACAGAGAGGUCUUUGUGUGCAGGUGUCACUCAUGUCGUUGUUGAUGACAACAUGGAAUGUGACAGAGCUCUGCGCCUCCUCAAGGUGGAUGUAAUUCCCUCUGGAGUCCAUCUAGUGAAAUGCAGUUGGCUUAGCGGCUGUAUCAGUGAGAAACAACUCUUGGAUGAAUCGAGCUACAGCAUUGUUUUACCAAAGAGGGAUCUUGGUACUCCACAAGAAAAUACAGAUUUGUUGACUGACAAAACCACAACUGAAAAUGCUGAAGAGUGCGAUCAAAACAAGGAAGAGGAGAAAAUAGACACGAGUGGAGAAGACUGCAAAGAAGAUGUACAAGGAGAAGACGACGCUGUCUCUCAGAGUCACCUUGAAGCUCUCAUCACUGGCCAGCACCCCAAAGAUGAGAUUCCCGGACCCAGCCUUGAUCCCGGUCGAGACACUGCCACUCAUACGGCGGUCUCGGGGAAGUGGGUCUGUGCACAGUCUUCUCAAUCCAAGAAUAACAACUUCAACAAACACAUCACAGACAAACUGGAGCUGCUGGCCAAGGCCUACACACACCAGGGAGACAAGUGGAGAGCGCUGGGCUACUCCAAAGCUAUUAAUGCAUUGAAAAGCUACCACAAGACGGUGGCAUCAUAUCAGGAGGCAUGUCUUAUCCCAGGGAUCGGCAAGCGCAUGGCCGACAAAAUAGAUGAAAUAAUGGAAAGCGGUCAUCUGCGCAAGUUAGAUCACAUUGGGGAUGCUGUGCCGGUAUUGGAGCUUUUCACAAACAUUUGGGGUGCAGGAGCAAAGACGGCACAACUGUGGUAUCAACAGGGAUUCCGCACUUUGGAGGACAUCCGCACAAAGGCCCACUUGAGUAACACUCAGAAAAUAGGACUCAAGCACUAUGAAGACUUUCUGGACAGAAUGCCCAGGGAAGAAGCUGCAGCCAUUGAAAAAGUGGUUAGGGAUGCUGUCCUAGCAAUAGAUUCCGGCCUCAUAGCAAUGGCAUGCGGCUCCUACCGCAGAGGAAAGACCACAUGUGGAGAUGUUGAUGUUCUAAUAUCACACCCCGAUGGAAAAUCCCACAGGGGUGUUUUCAGUAAAGUGCUUCAGAGCCUCCAUGACAGUGGCUUUUUGACAGAUGACCUGGUGAGCCACGAGGAGAACGGAGAUCAGAAGAAAUACAUGGGCGUGUGUCGUCUGCCAGGACCACAACACCGCCAUCGCAGACUGGACAUCAUUGUAGUCCCCUACAAGGAGUUUGCCUGUGCUCUCAUGUAUUUUACAGGUUCUGCUCACUUUAACCGCUCCAUGAGGGCCAUGGCAAAAACCAAAAAUAUGAGCUUGUCAGAGCAUUCACUUAAUAAAAGUGUAGUACGUCAAGGUAGCACCAAGGUGCAUGCCGGCACUCCUCUUCCUACACUUACAGAGAACGACGUUUUUAGUCUUUUGGGGAUACCAUACAGACAGCCUUGUGAAAGGGACUGGUGAUGGUUUUGCAAUGACAAUGCUUUGAGCUUUUUAAUUGAAGACAUUUUUAACUCUCUUCACACCAGACUGACUAGAACAGGGGUGGGCAAACUACGGCCCGGGGGCCACAUCCGGCCCGCCAAGUGUUUGAAUACGGCCCGCCCAAUCUUUCCAAAGUAUUUCAUUUAAACUCAACAUACAACCUGGCAUCAUGGCCUGAGCCAACCUUUUGAUGGUUUUAUCAAUUUUGUUUUUUGACAUGGUCUGUUGUUUACAAAGUGCUCCUGAAAAAAGGGACACAAGCACAUAAUAAUAAUAAUAAUAAUUAUUAUUAUUAUUAGAUUAUUAUAAUUAUUAUUAGAACUAUUAUAAUUAUUAUAAUUAUUAUAUUAAUUAUAUAUAAUAUUAUUGUUAUAUUUGCAUAUUUUACAUAAUAAUAAUAUAAUAAUUAUUAUUUUAAUUUUAUAAUAAAUAAUAAUAGCAGAUUGCAUGACAAUUUUACAGAUACAAUAAUACCAGGUGGACUGUUACGUGUAAAAUAUAUAGUCUGCCCCCCCCCCCCCCCCCCUCGUAAAUUUUGUCAUAUCAAUGCGGCCCGCGAGUCAAAAAGUUUGCCCACCCCUGGACUAGAACGUUGACAUUAUUGUAGCUUAAUCAACAUGCACGUAUACCGCUUUUAUUUGCACAUUAUUUCACUCAGCUGUUAGAAUGACUCUUAAAUCAUGGAACCUGUCACUAAUAAAAUCUAUUAAACAGUAA